CAUAGGAACAGUCUGAUAUUGUUAUCAUUGCCCUACCUAUUUCACUUCUAUAAUUUACGUUAUUUAUUGUGAAUAAGAAGUUUCAGUGACAUUUCACUAUGAUAACGACUGAAAAUUCAGUCAGUGUUAAGUAAUCAACACACCUGUGUGUUUAAAAUGAAAUGACAACCAUGAAUACACAGGAUUAUAUUAGUUUGUCACAAGAUUCACUGCGUGGAAUAUAUUCAGUAAAAGAUGUUGAUUUGUAUAACAAUGAGUACCUGGAUCCAUUCAGUGAAAGUUUAAAUUCCCCAUCCUUCUCCAAACCAAGUCCUUUAGUGUGUUUAGAGGAAGCAUGUACACGUAUACUGCAGAAUAUACAUCCAUUACCUUACAAUAGAAUUCUUAAUGGAAUCACUUACAAACACACAGAAAAUAACAGUCAUAACACUAGUAGUAGUAAAAGUAGACAUGGUUCCUCUGCACGUUUAUCAAAUUACAAUUGGAUUCAAUGUAAGCGUAAAAUAUGCUCAUCCUACAACAGAAAUGAAUAUCAGCUUGAUUUAGCAAAAUUAUCUAGUGUACAUGGUGCAUUAGCAACUUCACAAAAACGAAAAAUAAUCACAUCAAAAAACAUUCGUAAAAAAUUAUUUCAUAGAAGGAAACAAAUUUUAUCAAAUAAAACUUUAAAUACACAGAAUUUUAGAUCCAAAUCUCAGUCGAGAAAAAUGCCCAAAUCUUUAACAAUAUAUCACAAAAAAGUCAGUAAAGGUAGUUCAGAUCACAGUGAAAUAUUGUCAACAUUUGUUUCCGAUCAAACUCAAACUAUUCAACCAUCAGUGGUGGGCGAAAAUUCAACAUUGAAAAAUGAACAAACAAAUAAGUUGAUUAACAGACAUCAAAACUGUACAUGUAAUAUUUGUUAUGAAAUGCAAAUGUUGAAUAUUCUUUUAA